GUAGAUGUAACAUCAUAUUAAAUUUUACGCCGUUUCUGUUCCUGUGAAAACUAUCGAUAUCUUAAGUUAAAAGGUUAAAUGUGAUUCAACAAUACGGCCUGGGGCUGGAUUUUAACUAGAGCCGUAGAGGGUCAUGGGCCUAGCAGAGCUUGCCCAUUCUGAUUAUCAGGCUGGAGACUACGAGGCUGCGGAGCAACACUGCAUGCAGCUAUGGAGACAGGAGCCAGACAACACGGGCGUCCUGCUAUUGCUCAGCUCCAUACACUUUCAACAGAGGAAGCUAGAUAGGUCAGCAUAUUUUAGUCAGCUAGCAAUCAAGCAAAAUCCCAUGUUGGCUGAGGCAUAUUCAAACCUUGGAAAUGUGUACAAGGAAUGCGGUCAACUUAGAGAAUCUCUUCAGAACUACAGAUAUGCAGUGAGAUUAAAACCAGACUUCAUAGAUGGUUACAUCAACCUGGCAGCAGCCUUGGUCGCUGCUGGAGACAUGGAACAGGCGGUGCAGGCAUACGUUACAGCCUUGCAGUAUAAUCCUGACUUGUACUGUGUGCGGAGCGACUUGGGGAACCUUCUGAAGGCUCUUGGCAGGCUGGACGAGGCUAAGGCUUGCUACCUUAAGGCCAUUGAGACUCAGUCCAACUUCGCUGUGGCCUGGAGCAACCUGGGCUGUGUGUUUCAUGCCCAGGGAGAAAUAUGGUUGGCUAUCCAUCAUUUUGAAAAGGCUGUGGCCCUUGAUGCCAACUUCAUGGAUGCAUACAUCAACUUGGGAAAUGUACUGAAGGAAGCUAGAAUAUUUGACAGAGCUGUGACAGCAUACUUACGGGCACUAACUCUCAAUCCAAACCAUGCUGUGGUCCACGGAAAUCUGGCCUGUGUCUACUAUGAACAGGGGUUAAUAGACCUUGCCAUAGACACAUACAAAAAGGCCAUUGAGCUUCAGUCUAACUUCCCUGAUGCUUACUGCAACCUAGCGAACGCUCUCAAGGAGAAGGGCAAAGUCCAGGAGGCUGAGGAAUGCUACAACACAGCCCUCACACUUGCCCCGAAUCACUCAGACUCUCUGAAUAACUUGGCAAACAUCAAACGUGAGCAGGGUAACACUGAGGAGGCUGUGAGUCUGUACUUGAAGGCCCUUGAGGUUUUCCCAGAGUUUGCUGUGGCCCACUCCAACCUUGCCUCCGUCUUACAGCAGCAGGGGAAACUACAUGAGGCCCUUGUACACUAUAAGGAGGCUAUAAGGAUAUCUCCUUCAUUUGCCGAUGCAUACUCCAACAUGGGGAACCUGUUGAAAGAGAUGCAGGAUAUACAGGGGGCCAUGCAGUGUUACCAGCGCGCCAUACAGAUCAAGCCUGCAUUCGCUGAUGCCCACAGCAACCUUGCUUCCAUUCACAAGGAUUCUGGUAACAUUCCUGAGGCAGUACAGUCCUACAGGACAGCUCUGAAGCUCAAACCUGAAUUCCCAGAUGCCUAUUGUAAUCUAGCACACUGUCUACAGUUUGUGUGUGACUGGAGCGACUAUGGCGAGCGUAUGAAGAAACUUGUACAGAUCGUGGACGACCAGUUGGAGAAGAACAGGCUGCCCUCCGUCCACCCUCACCACACAAUGCUCUAUCCACUCACCCAUGACCAGAGGAAGGGAAUAGCAGCCAAACAUGCAAAUCUUUGUCUGGAAAAGAUCAACAUCCUACACAAGCCCCCGUAUGAGCACCCCAAGGACCUUACAGCCAGUGGGGGUAGACUCAGGAUUGGCUAUGUGAGCUCAGACUUUGGCAACCACCCAACCUCUCAUCUAAUGCAGAGUGUACCCGGCCUGCACGACAAGGACUCAGUAGAGAUUUUCUGCUAUUCCUUAACAGCCGAUGAUGGGACAAGCUUCAGGGCUAAAGUCUCAAGGGAAACUGAACACUUCAUUGAUCUAUCACAGAUACCCUGUAAUGGGAAAGCUGCGGACCGUAUCAAUGCUGAUGGUAUCCAUAUCCUUGUGAACAUGAAUGGCUACACGAAGGGAGCUCGCAAUGAGCUGUUUGCCCUCAAACCUGCUGCUGUUCAGGUGAUGUGGCUAGGCUACCCUGGCACAAGUGGGGCCACCUACAUGGACUAUAUCAUCACUGAUGAGUUCACCUCCCCAAUUGAGUAUGAGCAGCAGUACACAGAAAAGCUUGCCUGCAUGCCAGACACAUUCUUUGUUGGUGAUCACAUGAACAUGUUCCCUCACAUGAUGGACAAGAUUGUCAUUAAGCUACAGGAUAGUGAUGAGUUCCGGGAAAACAGCAUUGUCCUGAAUGGAGUUAACCUGAAGCCUAUUAGAGACACAACUGAAAUAAAGACUAUAAGAGUCCAGUGUGCCCCUGGUAGCACAACAGAUGAGGAGGAUGGGUCCCCGGGCUCAGUGACAUAUGAAAUGGUGACGAUGCAGGUCGGGCCUGUUCUACAACAGAUGAUCCAGUCUGGCCUCUCUCACGCCUCCAUGGGUGAUGUCCUUGUACAAAGUGGAGUCACCACGCAACUGACUAACAACAAAUCGGCCUCCGGCGAAGAAAUUCCACAGAACAUUAUUAUCAGCGCACGCUGCCAAUAUGGACUGCCAGAGGAUGCAGUUGUCUAUUGCAACUUCAAUCAGCUGUACAAGAUUGACCCAGAUACCCUAGACAUGUGGUUUGAUGUUCUCAAGAAAGUGCCCAACAGCGUUCUAUGGCUGCUUCGCUUUCCAGCUGUAGGGGAGCCCAAUGUGCUGCAGAGCGCCAAGAAUGCUGGCCUGGACAGCAGCAGGGUCGUAUUCUCUCCUGUGGCUCCAAAGGAGGAGCAUGUACGUCGUGGUCAGCUGGCAGACGUUUGUCUGGACACACCCCUCUGUAAUGGCCACACCACUGGAAUGGACGUCCUCUGGGCUGGCACCCCCAUGGUCUGUCUGCCACAGGAGACCUUGGCUUCCAGGGUAGCUUCGUCGCAGUUGAAAGCACUCGGCUGUCCUGAGCUGAUAGCCAACAGCAGAGACGAGUUUGUCAGGAUUGCAUCCAAGUUGGGCAAUGAGGAACAUUACCUGCGUUCCAUUCGAGCCAAAGUAUGGAAGGCCCGGAUGACAAGCCCUCUGUUCAACUGUAAGACAUAUGUGGGCAACAUGGAACGCCUGUUCUGGAAGAUGUGGAAACUCUACUCCACCGGACAUCCCACUGACCAUAUCACAGAGCUGGACUAAAUAGAAAUCUUAGGUUUAAAUGGUGUAUAAGUGCUAUACUUUAACUACAUGCCUGUUUACAAGUUAGUCUUGCUUAAAGCAAUAAGCAGUCACGGACAGACUGAAGCCAGACAAGUUAGAUUUAUUGUUAAAACUUGGUUAACUUGCUGGAUAUUAAUGGUAUACCAUACUAGACAAUAACUGUUUUUACCAUUAUGAAAAUGUGUUUUCAGAUGUAUGUUGUUUGUUGAUGGUAAUGCUAGCAACCCCUGAUUAACUAGUAUCUAAUAAACAGACAAAUUACUAUGAACAAUAAACUUAUAAAUAGAAUACUUUAUGAGAUGUAUCUUGUAUUUGUGUGUGGAAGAUGCUAGUGUACAUUGUCCAAAUAUCUGGUGAAAUAUCUGGUCAACUAAAGGAAUAGUACUAGGUAGUACUGAAGAGGCAAGGACAUAUGAUUGGCAGUAGGGUAUUUGUUUUAUUUGUAAAUAUUGAUCACCAGCAGCCUUGAAAUUGAGGUUACCGGUAUGUUGAACAUUUUCACGCAUUUAUUUUUUAUCACGACAUUUUGUGGGUAAUGUCUUUAAUCUAUAUGAAGUACUACAUUUAGGUAUUACUUGACUUCUAUGUAUACAUGCAGCAAAUUGUAUAAUAUUUGUAUACGUUUUCUGUAGGUUAUUUUUUUGUCUAGUUAGCUCAUUAAAAAGUUAACUGUUAUCAUUGGAUUAAUAUUGACCAAUCAGUUAACGUCUUGACCUACUUAAACAAAAAUGAAAAAUUACCUGCUUCAUACAAUUGCCGCAGGUGUCUAUUUAAUCAUAGUAAAUGUGACUGUGUAUUGUAAACUGUUAACAUAUAAGUACUUGACAUCUGUAAAACUGUUUCAGCUUUUUAUGUUUGUUUGUGUUGGAAUUCUUGCUCAGCGAGUGCCCUUUGUGAAUUAUUAUUUGUGUAAAUAUGUAAAUGUUAUUGUAGGUGUGUAUCUAUAUUAGAAACAUACGCCGAGGUAGCUACUGUUAGCAAAUGGUAUGAACACUUAAAGAUUUUGAAGCAAUGAUAAGUGGCAGUUUUAACAUCCCUCAAUCAAACUGUUCCAAGUUUUUGGAACAGACAUAAAUAAAAUUCCAGUAAGGAUGUUGAAGUAUCACUGACAAAAAUGUUAAAUUUGAGAUGCCAGAUUGCUCGGAAAUUAAAUUAUUUAAUGCAUUUAUGUUCGCCACUUAUGGUUGCCAGCCUGAACAAGCAGUGCUGUGAAUACCAACAUGGCAAUGAUUCUUGAAUCCCAACAUUUCAGCAACUCUUGAAUUGCUAACAUAUUGCGUGUGACUGCUAAAGACAGUACAGUGGACAGUACUACAUGUCCGUCUAAUUCUGAUGUGAACCUGCUUUGUUUAGCUAAUUGACAAGCAUUGUUUGCUAGGCUCAUUUGCAAACAGCAGAUAUUUCGUUGCUUUGUGAAUGUACAGUGUGUUUAAUAUGUUAUUUAUACUGUUAAGAAUGCUUAUAAAAACCCUAGUUUAUAUGUACCGUAAAUGAUUUCUUUGCAGGAUGUUGCUAUAGGUGUUUUAAAUCUAAGUAUAUGUCAAGUUUUAAAAACCUAUUCAGUUGUGAUCAAAUCAUGUACAAAUGUUGUUGAUAAUUGUUCUCAUCAGUUUUCUAAUAGACUGUAUUACUAGUUUAAUUAAAAGUUUCUAUGAAACAGUAAAAGUGAGCGAGUUUAAAUGAUCACAUGCAUAUACUUGUAUGAAUGUGUUGUUAUGAUAGAAUGUAUGUUUCCUUCCUUUGAAUUAAGUUGGGCUUUGUGCUUCUUUCACUUGCUAAAUAAACAUUAACUUCUGUUCAA